AUGCGGCGCUUCACAAAGACUCCGUUUGCAAUGAAUGCGGUAGUAGCAGUAGCGACGGCAUCUGUGCGAUCCCUGUACAGUCCGCUGGUGGAGGAUCACUACAACAACCCCCGUAAUGUUGGCAAACUUGAUAAGGAAGACCCCAAUGUUGGCACGGGGCUUCGAGGGGCACCGGAGUGUGGAGAUAUGACACAAAUGCAAGUAAAAGUAAAUCCCGAGACGACUGUAAUUGAAGAUGUGAAAUUUAAGGCAUUUGGUUGUGGAAGUGCCAUCGCAGCAUCCUCAUAUGCCUCACAAGCGAUACGAGGAAAAACACUUGCAGAGGCGUUGGAACUUACUAAUAAGAAAAUUGCACAAGAACUUUCACUUCCCCCCGUAAAGUUACACUGCUCUAUGUUAGCACAGGAGACUAUACAGGCAGCUGUAGAGAAUUAUCUCUCAAAGAACCCUUCACUAAAGUCAAAGGUGCAAAAGAAAGUUCCAGGAGGCACUGCUGGCGCCACCGUGAAUAAUUCCAGUAACGCUUAG